GAAAUAAACAGUAAAUCUAAAACGGUAAAGUCGUCAAACGAACACGAACGUGUAAAAUACGAAUUCACAGGCCCGCUGGUUUUUCAAUGCAUAAAAUGCAAAGUAAUAGUAGGCGAUACAUUCGCGUUCGUAGCAGCUGAGCGUGAAUUAAAUUCAGUUGCGCUAUACGCUAAGCCACAUAAUGUUCGAGUUGGUACAGAUCUUAUAUGGUCGAAAGAAGGUGCUGAUAUUGGAAGGAUACUUCAAAUCGCUCUGAUAAUUCGUUUUAUUAGAUACGAGUGUGGCUCUUAUAUAGAUCCAGAAGCAGUACCACUAGAUACUCAAACUUUACCAAGUGCAAGGAUGCAACAAAUGACCAUAAAUAAGCUCCAAGACAUGGUUAUGAUGUUACAUCAACGACUUGCAGCUUUGGAAUACAAUAUGGUUGUCUACUAUGAAAAAGAGUAUAGUAAACAUUCAACUGCUAAUGAAUUUGGAAUAGAAAGAAAGCAGCUUCAGGACUGA